CCAGGGCUUCCUCGGCGCCCUCCUGCCGGACUCCGUUUCCCGGCAGCCUUCGGGAAGCGGCUCCCAAAGCCUGCCUCUCCGCCCUCCGCCCAGCCCCGCCCUCCGCUGCCCCUUUCGGCGGAGACAUUUGCGAAGCCUUUUUCCAAGAUGGCGGCCUGGGGAAGGAGGCGAGCGGGGCCCGGCAGCUCCAGCGGCGGCGCCGCCAGGGAGAGGGUCUCCUUAUCUGCCACGGACUGUUACAUCGUUCAUGAAAUCUACAACGGGGAGAACGCGCAGGACCAGUUCGAGUACGAGCUGGAGCAAGCCUUGGAAGCCCAGUACAAGUACAUCGUGAUCGAGCCCACCCGCAUCGGGGACGAGACGGCCCGUUGGAUCACGGUGGGGAACUGCCUGCACAAGACGGCGGUGCUGGCUGGCACGGCCUGCCUCUUCACCCCACUGGCCCUCCCCGUGGAUUACUCCCACUACCUCUCUCUGCCGGCCGGCGUGCUCAGCGUGGCCUGCUGCACCCUCUACGGCAUCUCCUGGCAGUUCGACCCCUGCUGCAAGUACCAGGUGGAGUACAACGCCUACAAACUCUCCCGCCUGCCCUUACACACGCUGACCACUUCCACCCCGGUCGUGCUAGUGAGGAAGGACGAUCUGCACAGGAAGAGACUGCACAACACGAUAGCACUGGCGGCCCUGGUGUACUGUGUAAAGAAGGUGUACGAACUCUACGCCGUAUGAUCGCGGCCGAGAAAGGUGGGAGGGCGGGCGGGGGGGGAGGGAGGGAGAGAAACCCAUCCGAACCGAUAAUGGUGUAUUAAGGACUCCUACAGGAACAAUUCAACUAUUUUUUUUCCUCUUGAAGUGGUGCCUGGAAAGCCGUUGUUCGGUUUACCCGAUCAUUAUUCUUAUUCUUAUUAUUACUAUUGUUGCUUCGGUUAUCUUUUUUUUUUUCUUUUUUUGGAAAGAAACGAUCAUACGUCACAUCAAGGGAUUUCUGUUAUUAUUAUUAUUUUUUUUUAAAUGCCUCAGAUCUGCGGUGGGGUGGAACAGGACGAGCGAUGAAGACAACAGGCGUGGGAUCUCGGUGCAAGCAAAACAAUACAUGGGGGUUUGGUGGGUAGAUUUUGGUUCCUCCACCCAUCCUCCUCACCCACCCACUCUUGGGAGGAAAAACCCGACAACCUUUAAAUAUCUUGUUUAAUUGUAUUCUACAGAACCAGCUCAAAGAUAUCACUGACCAUUCAUUAAAGGAUGAGAAUUUCAA